AUGCUAACUCUCUACACAGCCCAACAAUCAUCACAGCUCCAGGAGCAAUCCUCUCCUCACCCCCAAGACGCCUCCCCCGCAUGCCAGUCCGCCAUCAAGCACUCCUCCUCAUGGAAGCCCAGCUCGCUCGACCGCCGCCUCAGCUGGAGCUCCCAGGACCAGAAGCACGCGCUGCAGAUGAGCGGCAUUGACGGCGUGCGGUCGGGACACCAGGGCUUUACGGAGCGAUAG